AUCCUUGAUGUGAAUCAAUCCCAUGAUGCAACAUGCCUCCCCAGCCCCAGCUCUGACGAUGAUGGCCACGCAAAAUGUCCCUCCCCCACCCUACCAGGACAGUCCACAGAUGACGGCAACUGCUCAGACACCCUCUAAGACCCAGGCUGUCCACAUCUCCGCACCCUCUGCCACUGCCAGCACUCCCGUGCCCAGCGCCCCCGUUGACCCCCAGGCCCAGCUGGAGGCUGACAAGCGAGCUGUGUACAGGCACCCUCUUUUCCCGCUCCUGACGCUGCUGUUUGAGAAAUGCGAGCAGGCCACCCAGGGCUCUGAGUGCAUCACCUCCGCCAGCUUUGAUGUGGACAUCGAGAACUUUGUCCACCAGCAGGAGCAGGAGCACAAACCCUUCUUCAGCGAUGACCCAGAACUGGACAAUCUGAUGGUGAAGGCAAUCCAGGUCCUGAGAAUCCACCUGCUGGAGUUGGAGAAAGUCAAUGAACUCUGCAAGGACUUUUGUAACCGUUACAUCACCUGCCUCAAAACCAAGAUGCACAGCGACAACCUGCUCAGGAAUGAUCUCGGGGGACCCUACUCCCCUAACCAGCCCUCCAUAAAUCUUCACUCACAGGACCUCCUGCAGAAUUCUCCCAAUUCCAUGUCCGGAGUCUCCAAUAACCCCCAGGGGAUUGUGGUCCCAGCCUCAGCGCUCCAGCAGAGCAACAUCGCCAUGACAACUGUCAACUCACAAGUGGUGUCAGGUGGAGCCCUAUACCAGCCAGUUACCAUGGUAACCUCCCAGGGUCAGGUGGUCACCCAAGCAAUCCCCCAGGGAGCCAUCCAGAUCCAGAACACACAGGUUAACCUUGACCUCACUUCCCUCCUGGACAAUGAGGACAAGAAGUCCAAGAACAAACGAGGAGUCUUGCCCAAGCACGCCACCAAUAUCAUGCGUUCUUGGCUCUUCCAGCAUCUCAUGCACCCCUACCCCACGGAGGAUGAGAAGAGGCAGAUUGCGGCCCAGACAAACCUCACCCUCUUGCAAGUCAAUAACUGGUUCAUCAACGCCCGGAGGCGCAUCCUGCAGCCCAUGCUUGAUGCCAGCAACCCAGACCCUGCCCCUAAAGCCAAGAAGAUCAAGUCGCAGCACCGGCCCACCCAAAGAUUCUGGCCCAACUCCAUCGCUGCGGGGGUGCUGCAGCAGCAGGGUGGCACCCCAGGGACAAACCCCGACGGCUCCAUCAACUUGGACAACCUGCAGUCCCUGUCCUCAGACAGUGCCACCAUGGCCAUGCAGCAGGCUAUGAUGGCCGGGCAUGACGACUCACUGGAUGGGACAGAAGAGGAGGAUGAGGACGAGAUGGAAGAGGAAGAGGAAGAGGAACUGGAGGAGGAGGCUGACGAGCUUCAGACGACGAACGUCAGUGACCUGGGCUUGGAACACAGUGACUCCCUGGAGUAGUUGGCAGCCCAGAUGGCACUGAUCACCAAGCAGGAGAGGAGCGUCGUCAGGAGGGUUUCAGGGUGGGGGGGAAGGGGACAUGGGCAGGCAGCACCGAGGAAGUUGGGCCCUAGUUUCCCAAAAUCAGUAGCUUGAAAAAAUGCAGAGGAGAUACCUGCUCCUUCCCAACCACCAAGCUUCUAUGGUACCCCAGCCCUACUUCCCCGAACUGUGGAGAACUCUGCUGGGUGGGGCCGGUCCAGCAACUGUACGGAAAGGCAGGAGCGAGAUGGGGAUUCCUCAGAUCCCCGAGGACAGAUGGUCUCCAAAGGCCCCCUGACUGAAGGAAGGACUUGAGCUGUUCACAAGCCCUGCACUGUGAGGCAGAUCAGUGAUGCUCGCAGAGAGAGCCUUUGCCAGGGGACAGAGUUAGGAGACAAGGCAGACACAAAGGGCGUUGGCUUCCACCCCUACAGGUCCUCAGCUCCUCUGAGAGACAUUGAAGGGCAGGAGGGAGUCCAAACAUAUAGCUAGUGGAUGGAGGAGGGGGGACCUGAACGGCGCAUCCUGCAGCUCAGAGUGAGACCUGGAUUCCACGGGGCCCCCGCUCAUCCCCCGAGGCCCCAUCUCGGGGCUCAGGCAUCCACGGACUUGGGAGAGGGAUGGAGCCACCAGAGCCGACUUCUCUCUCCCUCUCUCUUUCUCUCUCCUGGAAACAAACGGUAAGCUGGUGGGCUCAAAUCGUCGGAGAUUGAGAGGGUUGGCUGCAGGACCCAAGGAGGUGGUGACCUGGGCUAGGAGACAUAUCCAGGUGACUUUGGGAAUGACCACUGUUCCUAGGUGUCCACAGAACUCAGCGCCUGUAACAACAGGACAGUGGUGUCUUAUCCCAGAUGCCCCAGCCCUCGGAUGGAGCUCUUCAUAUGUUCCACGCCCUCCACAGACCAUCAGAGAGGGUGGAGCCAGGUUAGCUUGGAAUCGGUCCACCCGCCAGGCCCCCACGCUGACCCUCUGCUCCAGGCGGGCUUCAUCGGCCUCCAUCCUCAAUUCUUCAUUUUAUCCUUCAGAGAAGGCGGAAGAAACAUUGGAGAGAAGCAUCCAGCCCAGUGGGAAGCCAGGGGUUGGAGAAGGUGCUACAUACCUCCUCCCAUCAAUUUCCAAAGUGUGGGGGAGGGUCAGAGAAAUGGCGCCGAGAGCCCAGCGGUGCCUCAGCCCACCCGCCUCGCCAACCUGCACCCACCACUACACACAGCACUGGAGGAACUGGGGCUCCCGCAGGAGGAGGCUUCCCACCAUCUGCCCUGACACACACCCUCCCACCCCAACUUCUGGUCCCCAUGAUUGGCACCCCCUCCUGCCCUCCCCCCAAAUGUCUGUGAAGACAGGACCGACCACACGUGUUUCCAUUCAAUUUAAUUUAACGGACUUGCAGUUUCAUUUGUAAAUUGUGCAUUGACCAUCUCCCUCCGUGUCAGGGUGUGAGUGGCCACCGGGCUCAACCUGAGGGGACCCUCAGGGCCCUCUGGGGACUUCCCCUCCCCCACCUGGUUGGGGUGGAGCAAAAAGGAUGGUCGCUUUCCGGAGGCCUCCCUAAAAUGAAUGUAUUUCUCCCCCAAAAGAGCUGAUAUUUAAUGUUUUAAUAGGGAUUUUUGAGAAACAAAUAACCUUAUUUAUAAUCUCGGUGAUUCGAUCAUUUUUUACUCCCUUUUGAUGCCACAGGUAGAAGAAAGUCUAGCUUUUUUGGCAACGUGCAGUGGGGUAAAAUACAUUUCCUUUUCUGGUUCGUUUUUCUUGUUUACACACACGCACACGCACACACGCAUGCACACACGCACACACACCCACUCACCACUCGGGACAGGCAUCCCACCCAGCACAGGCACUCGGCACACGGGCCGCCACCCUCCUCCAGCCCCUCCGCCUGCUAAUGUUAUGCAACCUCCUUCUGAUGUAUCCACCAAACCAGUACUGAAUGUGGCUGACAAGUUUCCAGUAAAUCUUAUUACCUACCG